AUGACGGACAAUCGCAUCUACUCGGCCACCUACAGCAAUGUGCCCGUCUAUGAGUUCAACAUCGAGGGCAACCAUGUCAUGCGCCGUCGCUCCGACAACUGGAUCAACGCAACACACAUUCUCAAAGUCGCCGACUUCGACAAGCCCACCCGCACCCGCAUCCUUGAGCGCGAAGUCCAAAAGGGAACCCACGAAAAGGUCCAGGGUGGCUAUGGCAAAUACCAAGGCACAUGGAUCCCUCUGCCCGAAGGCCGCAGCCUGGCCGAGCGCAACAGAGUCCUCGACAAGUUGAGACCAAUCUUCGACUACGUCCCCGGCGACAGGAGUCCGCCGCCCGCUCCCAAACACACCACUGCCGCUUCCAAGCCGCGCGCCAACAGGAAGCCUGUCAACAGGGUGCCUGCAUUGUCUCACAUCUCCGAGGAUGUUGAGAUGUACCAUCACUCAGAGACGCCUGAUAAUGUCACGGUCGCUUCAGAGUCAUAUAUCGAUGACUACAGCUAUCCGACAGACUCUCGCAAACGCAAACACCCUGAAGACGAGAUGUCGCUGGCCGACCAGCACCAUCAGUUAUGGGCCGACGAACUGCUCGACUACUUUAUGGUGCUCGAGAAUCCGAACGACCCAUUCCAGCCUCCUCCUAUUCCGCCCAACGACAUUGAUCUAGACCGACCCAUCGAUGAGAAGGGACAUACUGCUAUGCACUGGGCUGCUGCCAUGGGAGACCUGGCUGUCGUCAAGGACCUCAUCGGCCGCGGUGCGAACAUCAAUGCUGUCAGUAACAACGGCGAGACUCCACUGAUGCGCGCCGUCAUCUUCACGAACAACUACGACAAGAGCUCCAUGGAUCGUCUGGCUGGCUGGCUCGUAACUACUGUGCCCAUGGUCGAAUGGUUCGGCAGCACCGUCUUCCACCACAUUGCAGGAACAACCUCGUCCAAAUCGAAAUAUGCUUGCGCUCGUUAUUAUCUUGAUUGCAUUCUUUCGAAGAUGGCAGAAACCUAUACCCCCACAGACAUUGAGCACGUACUCAACAUCAAAGAUCGCAACGGCGAUACUGCCAUCCACAUUGCCGCUAGAAACGGUGCGAGGAAAUGUGUACGCAGUCUCAUUGGUCGACACGCCUCCGUCACCAUUCCAAACGAUCUGGGAGAAACAGCAGAUGAUCUCAUUAUCUCACUAAACCGCCGCCGAAGAGAUGGUCGCCAUCGCGCCAUGUCUUCAUCACCUUUCCAGAUGGACCCUACCUCUCACAACACCGCUGCCAUGAACCUUGACCCUACACUCGAGACACCUUCAUCCAACAAUCCACUCUUACCAUCCGCGCCAGGCAACACAGCCAUCCCCUCAAAACCCCAUCAUACCUCCGAAGCAGGCACGACUUUAACCAACCAAAUCUUCCCUCUCCUCCUCAGCAAAUCAGAAAAGUUGGCUGCAGCCUUUGACGCAGAGAUCAACGAGCGGGAAACCGAUGUCGCAGAAGCUGAAAGAGUUGUCCAAGUCCGUACAGCCGAGAUCGAAUCGCUGAAGAAGCAAUCCAUGGCUCUUGCAAUGAGCGAUCAAGAAGACGAAUACGACACUCGUCUGCAAAGGCAACUUGGCAACCUAAUCUCACAAUGCGAAAAUCUGAUCGAAGACGAGCAAGCCGCAGACCUCCAACACCUAAUCCGACAAAUCUCAUCACAGAUGAACUCAAACAGCGACAUGGACAUGAAUGACUACACAGACGAAGGCAUGGAAAAGCUAUCUUUACUCUUGUCAAUCAAGAGAUUAAAAGAAGAGAGAAUGGCAUUGGUCAGAGAAGUUGUGGCAAGUCAAGCCGAAGCGGGCAUAGGAGACAGACAAAAAGAGUAUCGGAGGUUGAUUGUGGGUGCUUUGGGAGUUAGGGAUGAAGAUGUUGAUGGCAUGUUGCCUGACAUUGUUGGCGAGCUUGAGGAGUGGCAGGGUAUGGAGGGAGGUGUGGUGGGAGUUGGUGCGUAG